AUGCAUAUAACCACACCUUCCCCAGUCCAACUUCAACCACUACUUCCUCUCGUUUCUCCCCCCAAAAUGCUGAUCCCCCAACUUGACCGCCAUCUGGGGGCUCCAACGCCAAAGCUCGGUGGUGUCAUGACAGGAACGCCGAAAAACCGGCCCGGAAAACCCCGGAAACUCAAUCUCCAAACGCAACAUCUCCAAGUGGCCCACCAACGGGUCAAUCUAGACGUGGAUUUCUGCGCAAACCGCCUCUCGGGAUUUACGGAGCUCACAGUGGUCCCCACGUCGUCAACGCUACGAUGUGUCAAGUUGGACGCGCGUGAGAUGAAGAUCAACAGGAUUCUAAUAAAUGGAGUCGAGCUGGCAGACUAUGUGCAUAAUGACCAGCUCUAUAUCAAUGAUCCAUGUCUUUUCGAGGAAUUGGCUACACGCCGAGUGCCCAACAUCCGUGACGUUUGUCUGGAAGAGUAUACAGUGGCACAGCAUCACAUACUACAAAGAAAACUAAGGUAUAUAUUUGGACUCGUAGAAGACGACCAGCUUCGGUCGCAGGAGAAGCCGGACAAUCUCAAUCUGGAGGAGCUUUUGAUUCUUCUUCCGGAGAACUUGAAGCCCCAGCCUUCCGACCAUCCUUUGGCGCAUACUCCCAGCUCUCUGGUGCCCACUAAUAUGACUCCGGUCCUGUUUCGGAACAGAACCGCGGGAGAAUUGUAUAAUCUGAUUCAGAUCGUGAUCGAGUACGAGGUUGUCAACCCGAAGAAUGGAGUGCACUUCAUUUGUCCCGAUCUGGGUGACUCGGCGCUGUGGCACGUCUACACUGCCAAUUCUGACUACAAUGUGUCGACCUCAUCGUGGGUUCCUUGUAUAGACAAUUUGCUCGAGCGCACAAUCUGGUCCAUAGAGCUUUCCAUUCCAAGAUCGGUAAAGGAUAUCGAGAAUAAGAGAACUAGCUUGCGGAAGGCUUUUGAAAAGACUCUCUCCCAGAAAGAUAGUGUUGCUCCUGCUCUCAAAGAGGGCGAUGAUUCAACUAAUGAGCAAGAAGAGGGCGAACUGAAGGAUGAGCAAGAAAAUGGUGAACUGAAGGAUGAGCAAGAAAAUGGUGAACUGAAGGAUGAGCAGGAGCAGAGUGAACCUACAAUUGAGCAAGACAAAAGUGUUCCCUUGGUUGAAGAUAGUAAACCCGAAGAUGUUUCCAAUAACGACAAAAAUGACGGUGCGAUUGAUCAAGAAAUGACAGAUGACGCAUCCGCUAGUCAAUCCAGAAUUGACAUUUCGAAGGAUAAUACCGAGCCUCAAGAUAUGGAAAUCGACGGCAACGAGCCCAAGAGCACCGAUGAGGACCAACAAGAAUCCAAAAUUGUCAAAGAAGAAACAGACAAUAUGGACAUCGAUAGCAACGAGAACGCGAGUUCAGAUGACGAUAGCGACAUUGAGGCUGCAGAGGACGACACUCCUAGGCCUACUGCAACAAAAACAGUCCGUGUAGGCCCCGAACAGAAGGUCGAUGAAACUGAAAAUCCUCAAACGACCAAAGACUUUACUGAGGGACACAACGAAGGAGAAGAAGAGGAGGAGGAUGAAGAAGAAGAAGAAGGAGACUCUAUUGACUUGCUGGUAUGCACUGGUGACACGAAUAACACCAAGGAAAGUGCACACCCCACCGAUAUUUCCAAAAAGGUUGUCUCUUGGUCUAUCUUCAAUCCGGUCGGCGCCCACCACAUAGGCUGGUCCGUUGGUGCGUUCCAAACUGCCGAACUCUCGAACUUCGUUGACGGAAAUGCAGCUGUAGCUGAGGAAGAAGAAGUCUUUGACGAGUUCGAAGAUAUCGAAAAAGACGAGUCCAGUCCCCCCGUCGUUCUCUACUUUCUUCCUGGACAAGAAGAGCUUGCUAAAAACACCUGUAUAUUCGCAAGCAAAGCUCUCGAAUUCUUCCUGAAAGAGUAUGGUUCAUAUCCGUUCAGUUCCUAUUGCAUAGUGUUUGUCGAGGGCCCAAAAUAUCCAUUCAACAAUUUCGCAGGCCUCUCUAUCCUUAAUUCUAACAUCCUUUACCCAGCAGAUGUGAUAGAGCCAAUGUUCCUGGUGACUGAAGACAUUUUGGAAUGCAUUGCAAGUCAAUGGUCUGGAAUAAAUAUUGUGCCCCAGUGCUUCAAUGAUAUUUGGUGCACAAUUGGUAUAGCCAAGUUCAUGUCAUUCCAGUUUAUCAAAACUCUUAUGGGUACCAACGAAUACAGGUACCAAAUCAAAAAGAAAAUGGAUGCAAUUGUCGAGAAAGAUGUUGGGCGACGUCCAAUUGGUCUCCUCUCGCUUCAAGCCCCAGUCAGUGAAGAUAAUCUUGACUUUGUCCGCCUCAAGGCGCCCGUGAUUUUGUUCAUUCUUGAUCGCAGAAUGACGAAAACAGACAAGUCUUUCGGUUUCUCUAGAGUGUUGCCUAAAUUGUUUUUGCAAGCUAUGUCUGGUGAUCUACAAAGCGGAGCACUCUCCACCCAACAUUUUCAAUACGUGUGUGAGAAAGUCAACCGAAAUCGCUUAGAGUCUUUUUUCAAACAAUGGGUCCAUGGCGUAGGUACACCCAUCUUCAAUAUUUCUCAAAAAUUCAACAAGAAGAGAUCCAUGAUUGAGGUCAUCAUCAGACAGACCCAAUUACAACUGCAUCGAGCACCACACCCCAAAGCGGAGACUUUCAUUAAUGAUGCGGUCUCCUACUUGAGUGACGACGUAGCAUUUCCGAUCCAGCAAACGUUUUUGGGACCAAUGACCAUCAGAGUCCAUGAGGCCGACGGUACACCCUAUGAGCAUAUUGUAGACAUCAAAAACGGUGUGGUGAAGUUCGACGUGCAGUACAACACCAAAUUCAAACGAAUGAAGAAGAGUAGGGAAGAGGCAGAGGGCGGUCUGCUCUUUCUGAGAUUGGGCGAUGUAUUGGAAAAGCCUGAGGAGGUAAGAGAGUGGAAACUCGAAGAAUGGCCAAAAAAAGAUGAAGAGUUUCUCGAUCCUUUUGAGUGGUUGCGUGUCGAUACUGAUUUUGAAUGGAUUGCCACGUUCAACGUAAACCAGCCCGACUACAUGUUCGGUGCGCAAUUGCAACAAGAUAGAGAUAUUGAAGCACAAAUUGCUGCAAUUGAAUACUUUGGUCAGCAAGAAAAGCCCAACGCCAUUUAUUGUACCAUGCUCACCCGAACUUUAGUGGACACAAGAUACUUCUAUGGUGUUCGGAUGGCUGCAGCUAAGGCUUUGACUAAAAUCUCCACUCAGUCAACUGAUUUCAUCGGACGAUUCUAUUUGUUGAAGGCGUUCCGUUUGUUGUUCUGUUUCAAGGAUAGCUAUGUGCCCAUGAGUAAUAGUUUUGAAGAUUUUGGCAAGUUCUUCUUGCAGAAAGCUUUUCCUGGUUAUUUGGCGGGGAUUAAGGAUGACACGGGUGUCACUCCGAAAAACAUCCGCUCAUUGUUGUUUAAUUUGUUGAAGUACAAUGACAACUCUAACAAUGCUUUCCUGGACUGCUACUAUGUUUCUGAAUUGGCGAAAGCGCUAGUGAAAAGUGUUGUGAUAUCUGCAGACGAUCCCGAGAUGGGCGAGCUUGGUGCAUUGAACUCCGAUGGCGACGACCACAAAUUUGUAGAUGAAGUGGUGGAAGAGCUUCUGCGUCUCCGAAAAUUGGAUCGCUGGGUGCCUUCGUAUCAGGCGGAGGUCUCUUACGCUUGUGUGGAGCAAAAAAUUGCAUUGGCUAGAGCUAAACUCAUUGACAUGCCGUUUGAAGAGCUCUUGUAUCUUACGUCGACUAAGUAUGAUCUGAGGAUCCGUACGUUGGCGUUCCGCGGCCUUUUCCAAUUAGGUGCAUUGAAAAAUGCAGAAAUCCUCAAGUACUUUUUGGAUAUUUGUUUGCUCGAACAAUCUGCGCCCGCGUUCAGAUCGGGCCUCAUUAAAACAUUGGUUUCUUCCAUUGCCGAAGUUGCCAUUACCGGCAGUCCUUCGACACUUGACGAUGAAGAAUUUGCAACUUCAAACCCUAAAGUGGCACAAAACACUACUGCUGCCUUACCUAAUAGUGCUGUGGUGGUGGAGGAGUCGCUGGAUCUCGAUAUAAGUGCUCGUAGGAAUGCGCUUGCGAAGGCUACGAUAAAGGGCACGAUUGAUCUUUUGAGAAAGGAUCUUUCCCCCGGAAAAGGACUACAAUACAUCUUGUGGCAGCUCCUUCACUCGUCACUCUUGAGUCUUGCCGAUCGGAAGGCGGUGUUCACUCUUUGUGACAUCUUAUACAUCCCUAAGGACAAGCUCAUUGUGCGCCUUCCAAUUCCUUGUGUUCCAUUCGAAGAGCUCAAGAAAAAGAUCAUUGCCAAGAGAAAAGAUCAGUACGUGGUGGUGAUCAAGAGACAGGGCCGUUUCAAGAUUCAGUUGAGCACCAAGAUCAUAUUGAACGAACAACCGAAGAAACACACCAGAAGAACCGAACUCUUGGAGUCAGCGGCAGCAGCCUCUCAAGCUCAAGUAGCAACUCCUCCAGCACAUGUGUCGCAGGAGCCAGUUGUUCCUGUAGUAUCAGCAUCGCCUUCUGUACGGGAACCCUCCGUAGCGGUGUCUGUGGCACCUGUCGAAUCAUCUAGUGUACCAGAGUCUAAUUCGGCACCAAUUGUAUCAUCUGCUGGCUUGGAAACAAGCGAUAAUGGACAAAUAGCUUCUUCCAGUGCUGAACCUCAAGCUUCAGCACCUCCCGCAAAACCGAAGCUCAAAUUGAAGCUUGGAUUGUUCUCUGCUUCCAGUACACCUAAAGAGGAGCCACGGCCUGUUAAGGUUGCGGAAGCUGCGAAGGAUGUUGAGCCUGUCGAAGUUGUUGAGCCUGUCAAAGCUGCUGAGCCUCCAGCCCAUCCUCGAGAAUCUUUAGUCGCUCGCGAUCCGUACGUUCCAACUAAAGUCACAUUGAAACUCAAGCUGGCCACGCUCCAGGCGCUUUCGAGCCGUCCUAAACAGACUGUGGUGCGGAGUUCAGACACAAAGGUGCUUUUCCGGUUUGCCGACCCAAAGAACGUUGAGCGACUUGAAGAGAUCUCGCUUGCCCAUAAACCAAAACGGUAUGUGAAGAUCAAUACACGGGAAAAAUCCGUGGAGCUUUCGAGGAAACCAUUUGCUGCGAAACCCAAAAUCAAGUUUGCUUUGAAGAUCAAGAAGGAGACAGAUCUGUCACUGCUGGUCAAAAGUGAGCCCGCUGGCGACGGAAUCUAG